AUGAUCGGUGCUACAAAGCGCUGGUUCCGCCGCAAUCGCAAAGGCCUGGCCAUAGGCGCCGGUGUCGUCGGCGUGGGCUACCUCGCCGGUCAAUACGUACUUUCCAAAAUAUCAGAGGCGCGUGAGCGCAUGAGCAGCGACAGAAUUGCAAAGGAAAAUCUCCGCCGCCGCUUCGAACAAAACCAGGCUGAUUGCACCUUUACCGUCCUCGCGCUUCUCCCGACAGCAACAGAGAACAUCAUCGAAGCUCUUCCUGUUGAAGAUCUGACCAAGGAAUUACAAAAGAAACGAGCGGAGCGAUUAGCCCGGCUCAGCGGUUCCGAGGCGCCGGCAUCUGAGCCGAGUUCGACAGCUCCGAGUGUGACCGAUGAGGACGGCAGAAGUCUUUCCAGCUUUCAAGCUGAUAGUUACAUUCACGCCAGUCAAUUGACUUCAGACAGCGGGCGCCCUGCACGCAGUAAGACGGAACUGUGGAACGAAGUCAAAAUUUCUUCAAUAACUAGAUCUUUUGUGUUGAUAUACACCUUGUCUCUAUUGACGCUUCUUACCCGAAUCCAGCUCAACCUUCUCGGCCGGAGGAAUUACCUCUCUAGUGUUGUGUCGCUCGCGAGCCCCUCAAACGACGCCUCAACAAUCCGUCUCGAAGAUCACGAUGACGAGUUCAGUCAGGCAUUUGGAAAUGACUUUGAGACAAACAGACGAUACUUGACAUACAGCUGGUGGUUGUUACAUCGAGGAUGGAAGGACCUGACGGCAAAAGUCCGGUCCACGGUUGAGGAAGUUUUUGGCUCUCUCAACCCGCGGGAAGACAUCACCCUUACGAAGCUCUCAGAAUUAGUCUUGGAGGUCCGGAAACAUGUAGAAGGUGCCACGGAAGAAGACCGAAGGGCCGCAAAUUGGCUUCAGUAUCUACUCCCUUCAAAGGAAGACGAGGAUAUUGUCCUGCAGGAAUCAGGCGUCCUCAACCCAGAGUCUCCCUCAUCCCCCCAGACUGCAGCUAACUUGCGGCAACUACUGGACGAGACAUCCGACCUCAUCGAAUCCCCAUCUUUUAGCCGCAUCCUGACCGCCUUGAACAACGAAGGCUUUGCAACCCUAAUUGAGGAUAAAUGUGCAAAGAUCGUUUUCAAGUCAGGGCCAACAUCAGAACCAGCAACCGCGGCCGCUUUGUCUUCGGCAGCAACCAUCGUUCCUCCACCUUCACCUCCCAAGGCCAAGCUAGCGACCAUCUUGGCCCUUAUCACGCGCGAAGCUCAUGUCAUUGGCCACGGCACCAGCUCGCCAAACGAAUACCUUUCGGUUAUGGAACAAAAUGUCCGUGACCUGGAAGCCUUUGCCGCCGUGGUGUACAGCUCCAACUUCCAGCUCGAGCUUUUGCAUUCGGGAGAUGCAUCGCCGCCGUCAGGGCAACAACCGAGUAUGGCAAAAUCAUCGACUGCACUUCAGUCAACAUUAGAAACUAUUUCUCCAGAGGUGGCUUUGGGAAGCCAGCCGACUGGAGAGGAUUCGGCGUUUGAAAAGGUUUGGGGAAAAGCCGUGGAGAAUUCAGAGUCAACAACAUAA